CGUCAUUGAUUAUCUUCACACAGGACGCAGUUGGCCUUCUUCAUAUAAGCUACUUACAUUUAGUAGACGUGAGUGACUUAAUGGAUACUUCAUGGUGAUUGAACGCAGUGGGAUACCAGAUACAAACAUGAAGGUGAAUGGACAUGUACGUUGCUGUCUCCAUAUCACACUCGUAUGGCUUGUCGUGUCAGUAUGCACCAUUGAGUCACAAGGCCUGCCAAAGACAACCCCCAGAAAGACAAGCUGCAACCCACAGCUCAACCCGUGGACGCAAACACGGAGUUAUGCGGUCUGCUCUGCGUCUUCCUUGGCCGAUAGUAUCUCUACCCUUAGAACACUUGAUGACGAAAUUGAGGAAGUUAAAAUAACAUGUACCUGCUUGGAUUACGGUGUCUCAGAAUGCGCUCCUGAAAACCUGACUGAACAUUCCUUUCCGUAUGUUUCAAAUAUUACAGGGCUUACAAUAAGCAACUGUAACAUUGUUGAUAUUGCUCCGGGGGCUUUUAGGUCUCUUCCCAACUUGCUGAAGCUCACGCUCGACCAAGCUAACAUCGGGGUUCUUCCCAAACAAGCAUUCCGUGGACUUGGGAAUCUAAGGACACUGGGACUGGUCGCAAGCGGAAUUGAAUCUAUCACGCCAGGCGCUUUUACCGGACUUCCUAACCUCUCGGAGCUUUCGAUCAAGUCAAACAACUUUUCGGUAUUAAUGAAGAAAACCUUUGAAGGACUAAGCAAUUUGACAUAUCUUGGUCUUAGCAAUAAUCACAUCGAAACAGUAAAGCGAGGUGCAUUCCAAGGCUUAGAUAAUCUUACGCGCCUUUGGCUGCAGGGUGCUAAUAUGAAGGUCUUAACGGAGAGGUCGUUUGAAGGACUUGAAAAUAUUGAUGCACUAAACUUGGUUAAGUGUGGGAUUGAAUAUAUCACUCCAGGCACCUUCAUCGGACUUGUUAAACUCCAAAAACUUUUGAUUGAUUCAAACAACAUUACAGUGUUAGCGAAGGGAACAUUUAAAGGACUUGGAAAUCUAAAGCAACUUUUUCCGUACAAUAAUCGCAUCACAUCACUUAAACGAGGUGCAUUCAUAGGUCUAGAUAAGCUCAGGAACCUUUGGAUGCCAGGGAAUAAUGUGAAGGUCCUAACGGUAGGUUCGUUUGAAGGACUUAAAAGUCUCACCAAACUCACCUUAGAUAACAAUACGAUUGAAUCGAUCACCCCAGGUGCCUUUAUCGGACUUGCUAACCUUCAACUGCUUACAAUCAAUGAUAACAACAUGACAGUGUUGACGAAUGGAACAUUUGACGGACUAGGUAAUCUGAAACAUCUUCAUCUUUUCAAUACUUCCAUAACAACACUAAGGCAAGGUGCAUUCUUAGGCCUAGGUAAUGUCACAUCCAUUUCACUGAUAAAGAAUAAGCUGAAGGUUUUACCGAAAUGGUCAUUUGUAGGUGUCGACAACCUCAAGCUUCUUGACCUCAGCAUAAACAACAUCCGAGCGAUGGAGAAUGGGACAUUUCAUGGUCUUGGGAAUGUAUUAGAGUUAGAUCUCCAUAGCAACGAAAUCAAUGGUCUAACGAAGGGUACAUUUGAGGGUCUUUAUAACUUAGAAAGUCUUUACCUCAACUGGAACAAGAUCUCAGAACUGAGGCCGGGUGUAUUCAUAGGCGGCCUAAGGAAGCUGAAGAACCUUCUGAUGAGGUAUAAUGCGCUGAACGUCUUAGUGGAAGGUUCGUUUGACGGUUUAGACAACCUUAGAUUUCUUGAUGUCAGCGAGUGUAACAUCAAGAUGAUAGAGAAGGGUUCAUUCCGUGGACUUGGGAAGCUGUCAAAGUUAUACAUGGGUGAAAACAAAAUCACGACACUUACGGAGGGUACAUUUAAGGGGAUACCUAAUUUAGAAAAUCUUUUGCUCCAGCAGAACAACAUUACAGCAAUGAGGCAAGGUGUAUUCAUGGGCCUUGCUAAACUCACAAGCCUUACGAUGGCAUCCAAUUCCAUAAAUGUCCUACCGGAAGGUUUGUUUGAUGGUCUCCAUAAUCUAGGAUGGCUUAAACUCAGCGAAAACGACAUCCAGAUAAUAGAGAAAGGGUCAUUCCGCGAUCUUGGGAUGGUGGCAAAGUUAUAUUUGAACGGUAACCAAAUCACAAGUCUCGCGGAGGGUUCGUUUGUUGGUCUUAGCACUCUCAAAAUUCUUGACCUCCGCGAGAGCAACGUCCGUACAAUCGAAAAGGGGACAUUCCUAGGUCUUCGAAAGCUAAAAUAUUUAUAUCUGAAGGGAAAUCAAAUCACAGUUCUCGCAGAGGAUAUGUUUGUUGGCAUUGGCAACCUUCAACACCUUGACCUGACAGAGAGCAACAUCCGGGUCAUAGAGAAAGGGGCAUUCCGAGGUCUUAGAAAGCUGCCACGCUUAGAUUUGACCAGAAACAAGAUAACAUCACUGACAAAGGAUACAUUUAAGGGGCUGUUUAACUUAAAUUCACUCAUUCUCCGCUUGAAUAACAUUACAGAACUAAGGCAAGGUACAUUCAGGGGACUCGCGGCCCUCAAAUUUCUUUACCUCGACAAUAACAGGAUCACGGCUGUUGCGGAAGAUGCGUUUUGGGGAUUGACUGAAGUGAACGAUAUUGACAUCUCUUCGAAUAAAAUUGCCACUCUGGCAAGUGAAACGUUCACAAGACUAGAUAAUCUUGAAAACGUCAUAUUGUUAGAGAAUCCUUUCCACUGCAACUGUGCUUUACAAGGAAUAACUUCAUGGUUUCGCGCAAACAGAGAUCUGAUGGUACACGCCAGUCGCUUGAAGUGUGCCGCACCGUCUGAGAUGCUGGGAAAGAAAGUACUGAAGUUUCAUCCGUCUGUGUUUGGAUGCAGUCCACGGACAGUGUCACCACAGUCGGUACCAAGGGCAACAGAGCAGCAGCCUGCAAAAGAAUCGCCCUCGCUGCAAAUUUACAAAACAAGGAGUUCACCAUUUACGCCAAGUAGCUCGAUUAUUCCACCUGACAGCAUCACGCAAUAUGUCUACUAUGCAGCCAUUGCUGUUUCUUCAGUUGUCAUAUUUUCCGUCUUCGUCGCUUUGGCGAUCCUAAUUCGGGGAUGCAAGGGAAAACAGUUAACAUCGGGUGCUGGUGCCAGAACAUCUGAAUCCGUUUGGAAAAUCUGAUAAGGAAAAUUGCUCCUCCAGGGCUCCUGUGCGAAAACUACUCGGCCGAUAUCUUCCAAGCUUGAAGUUUCUUGUAUCUUAUUUCGGGACCCAAGAUCGAGAAUUUUUACAUGUUAGAAACCAUGGUUACGAACUAAUUUUUUGUAUGUUUUCAUUUAGUACUUUCACGUAGUGCAUUGAUUUUGACAUUUUCUCCUCUGUACUGCUUAUUUCUGGAUGAUGUAUGAUGAAAGCUUAAGAUCUUUAUUCAUGUACAUGUAUACAAUCAUGUAUCUCCGAAUUGGAAAAAAUCAGCCCCGUUUUCACGCAGCAGCCCAUUUACCCCAAGGACACUACACUGCCGCAGUUUUCUUGUUUCGGCCCGACCUUAUAAUAGUACUAUACUGUUACAAUAACUUUAGAUCAUGCAUUCUGUGUUCUGUAAUGUACACACAUCAUGCACAUGGUAAUCCAUUUCAUUUUAUCAUUUUACGACAUGUUGUACUUGCUUCAUCGAGAAAUAGCAUUCCGCGAAUAUGACGUCACUGCAGCUGCUGCCCUCUAUUUCCCCAUCGCUGAAUUACAGGCAAUGUCGGACAAAAUGCGAUUUCGUAAUGGAUUCAGUCUUUCUAACUUGGGCAGUUAGAUUCAAUCUGGCACAUGUCCGAGUGUUGGAAAUACUACAUAAUUGUUCUGAAUAUUUCUCUCUCUGACUCUAUGGUAUCAUUCAUGCUAAAAACAAUGCAGGGUCAAAGAUAAUUUACUUUGGAAUAAGCUCAAAUGCGUAGAAACAAGUGUCGAUGUCCGCCUGUCACGUGACUAAAACGUCAUCAAUAUCUUAUGUAAAUGAUCUUGUGAGCUAUAAAUAGUAACUUCGCGGCAUGCUAUUGCUUGAACAGGAUGAAAAUCUAUCAAAACCAUCAUUAUCACCGUGUUUGUACAAUGUAUUUACUGCAUAUGUAUUUGUCUUAUUUCUCUUGUUAGCUGCUGACCAUAUUUUUAGUUUAUUAUCUUCUGUAUCUCAAGUUAAGGGCCAAUAAUACUCUGCUUCGGCCCUUUUCUUGGUCAAUAAAGAUGCUAAACCUUAUUCAAUAAUGUUAUCUGGUGUAUGUUUAAUUUGUCGCUGGCUAAGAUGAAUCGGGAUGAAUUAUGACAAAGGCCUACCUCUUGCCUGCUCCGACAUACCCCAUACAAACAUGCAGACGGCCGCUUGUUGCUACUAUUGGCUUGCAACUCCUGUUCUAAUUUUCAAAUCGUUGCUGACGCAUCCGUGGUAUUCCCUGCGUUAUAGAUGCUGACCAUCGCACCAAAUAUCCUGGUCUUGGGUCGGCCAAACGAACUCCAAGCAUCCCAAAGUCACGUUCUUGAUAUGUUCUACUUACAAAAUGACGGGCAUCAAGCCGUAAGCGCUCACGGGACAAUAUAGCGCGAUAGAGGCACCAGAUGCUGUCACUCUUUAGUGAUGACAAUGUUUAAAGAGUUUGGUUGUGUAUGCCUAAACGCAAUGACCCAACGCGCCGCGUAGCGGCAAAAUAGCGAAGCUGGCGAAAUAUUAAUAAUGGGUCACCGUGAUAUCAUUAUGGACUUAUAGCGCGAUUAUGGGGUUGUAACUAUUUUGCUGUAUAAUUGUCACGAGGAAAGAAAAGCACGCGACCUAACGCCAACCUAUUUAUGUAAAGUUAU